AUGAUCUCUCCAACGCCCUCCCCCCCAUACCCACUUUGUUAAUUUACAUGGAGUUAAAGCUCCUUGUCUCUGGAGAGGAAGAUCAUCCUGUGGAGAGUUAACUCCAUAUGAGCUGAUUAAAUGGAUAAAGAUGAACUGAUGGCAGAUGCAGAGCAGUAGAAGCACAACUGAGAAAGGAGAAAUGAGUUGCUGUGUGGCGAGUUAGAUUCAGACGGAGACGGUGGGCGUGGCGAGCCUACUAAGCCUUCUGGUACCUUGUCAACUUUUAUGGUUUGAAUAGUCAAUAAAGAUUGACGAAGUUUAAUGAAGUUUUUCUUUGUUGCAUGAAAGAACAGUAGCAGUGAAUUAAAACAGCCUUAGUCUUGUCAUUUUUUUUCUCCCUCUUCCAGCCUCUCUGCCACCUCCUCCUUUCUCUUGCACUUUCUCUCUGAUGUUGCUGAGAAAGUGUGUGUCUGUGUGGUUGGCGGAGGAUAUUCUGAGCUUGGCCCAUGUAUGUGUGUGCAUCAGAGUUUAAUUACGGUGUGCAUAGAAACGAGUGUAAUUAGCCAGCGCUCGCUUCCCUGCCGCCCAGCUAACAACCAGCAUCCCCUCUGUGCCUGCUCUUUCUCUCCCUGCCUUUCUUCUUUGUCUCUCUCCCUCCCUCCUUCCUCUUGUCUCCUGCCUGUUGCCACAACGACAAGCCCCACUCCGCCAUUGUUACCCGCUGUUCUCCAAGAACAAAGGAGGAGGCUAUUAGCUCCCUGAGAGAGGAGUGGUGGAAAUGGAGGAUAGGGAUGGAGAGAAAGAGAAAGAGGAUUGCUGUGAGGGUGGGUAGAUGAGCGUGGGGAAGAGAGAGAGAGACCCGACGAACAAGUGAGGGAAGGAGAGAAACAGGCACGAAGGAAGUGCGCAAGGACACAAAAGAGAUGGAUAAGUUAAAAAAGACCAGGAUGGUGGACAGGAAAAGCAGACACAGAAGAAGAAGGUGAAGGAGCUAAAAGUUCUUGAUUCGAAGUCUUCACAAAAUCUCUCAAUUUUUCUGGGUUCAUUCCGUCUUCCUUACGAGGAGAUCAAGAAUGCAAUCUUGCAAGUCAAUGAGAAGAUUCUCACAGAGUCCAUGGUUCAGAACCUGAUAAAACAGCUUCCGGGUCCUGAGCAGCUAAGUGUCCUUGGAGAGAUGAAGGAUGAAUACGACGAUCUGGCUGAGUCUGAACAAUUUGGAGUAGUGAUGUCCAGUGUGAAGCGACUGAUGCCACGGCUUCAGGCCAUCCAGUUCAAGCUGCAGUUUGAAGAGCUGCAGAACAACAUCAAGCCAGAUGUGGUGGCUGUGACGGCUGCCUGUGAAGAGCUCAGGAAUAGCAACACAUUUGCCAACCUGCUGCAGAUCAUCCUUCUAGUUGGGAACUACAUGAAUUCCGGCUCUCGGAAUGGAGCUGCAUUCGGCUUCUCCAUGUCCUAUUUGUGCAAGCUGCGCGACACCAAGUCAGCUGAUCUGAAGCAGACGCUGCUCCACUUUCUUGCUGAUGUUUGCAAUGAGCAGUAUCCUGAUGUCAUGAAAUUUCCUGAAGAGCUUAUUCAUGUGGAAAAGGCCAGCAGAGUUUCUGCAGAGACAAUUCAGAAGAAUUUGGAGCAAAUGGGGCGUCAGAUCAAAAGCCUGCAGAAAGAUCUGGAAACUUUCCCUCCUGCACAAAAUGAAAAUGACCAUUUUGUUGAAAAGUUGUCUAGUUUUGUAACCUACGCUCAAGAACAACACGAGAAACUGGAUGGAAUGCAUAAAAAUAUGGAGAAGCAGUACACUGAACUUGGAGACUACUUUGUCUUUGAUCCAAGAAAGAUUUCAGUGGAGGAGUUCUUUGGAGACCUCCACAACUUCAUAAACAUGUUUCAGCAAGCGGUGAAAGAGAACCAGAAAAGGAAGGAAGCUGAAGAGAAGAUCAGGAAGGCCAAGCUGGCUAGAGAAAAAGCAGAGAAGGAGAAAGAGGAGAAACUGAAAAGAAGCCAGGUUCCCGACAUCAACGCAGAGGGUGAUGAAACUGGUAUCAUGGAUGGCCUGUUGGAGGCGCUGCAGUCAGGUGCUGCUUUCAGAAGGAAGCGAGGACCUCGACAAGCAGCCAACCACCGGCGAGCUGGUCAUGCAGUGACCAACAUCCUGGCCAAAGAGCUGAUGCAGGAAGACACAACUUCAUCCAGUAAAAUCCCCAAAAAGAAGGCAAAGUCUGAAAAGGAGGAGCCAAAACUAGAAGGAGCAGAAUCCUUGGAGGAGCUACUGGACCCUGUUCCUUCUCGGUCUAAUUAGGCCUCCAAGUGCUGAAGUUAAAUUUUUUAUAUAUAUAUAUAUAUUGAAAACAGAUUUUUAUCCAAUCCAGAGGCCAACAGCAACAUGGUAUUUUCUUGAUCCCUUUGCUUGCAUGGAUUAUUUUCAGGAUUUCUUUCCUGUUCUGAGUUGGAGAGAGGCAGAACCAGAGGGCCAGGCUCUCGGCUCAGCAUCAGCUUCUGAAUGUUUGCCAAUUUCUUUCAUCAGCAUGUACCUAAAGGUUAAAGUUUUGAUCAAAGGGUGUUUCCCAAAGAUUUCCUCAGGACUGAAUCACUUCCUUUUAUUUCAUGUCAGGAUUUUCCUAUCAGAAAUUACGGCUUAUUUCCAGAACGUCUGUACAAUAGAAACUUCCUAUUUUUUUUCCAACAAGGUAAAACAUACUUCUUUGUAACAUUUUGCGAUACUGUGUGUCUGUAAUACUUUGUCCACCUGUUUUAUUGAAGUGCCAACAAGUCUUAUAAUUUCAUUUGCUAAUGUAGUCUGGUGUAGUUCCCACUGCAGAGAGCAAGUGGACCAGAUCAUUACGCCUUUACCUGAGUUUAUUUUGUGGACAGGAUUUAUCUCAAUGGUGAGCAUCAAAUGGUUAUUUUGUACAAAUAAAAAUGUAGACCACAACCGAAACUGUAAUGAGCAGUGAAUUUAUAUGGAAACCAAAAAUAUUUUUCAAAGUGUGGUUUCAUACAGAGUAGUUUGCAUUCCUCUGUUUUUUGUAUACAAGAAAAACUUGUGUGAAAUUAUCCACUUAUAUUUAGUUUUGUGUGCACAAAUCUGCAUGCACGUGUGUGUCGGUGUGUGUGUGUGUUUGCUUGCAAGUUUCAGUGUUUGCGUGCACAUGCGUGUUGCCAUCUGUAAUUACUGUACAAUACCAACCGGGCCGUCAUGAAUGAUGAUCUUGUGGUCUUUCUGCUGAGAGUAUAGCACACUGGAAAACAGCCCAGAAACUGCUGAGACAAGUAUCUGUGUUCACUUGUUAGUCUGUCUGUUCUCCCACUGAACUGCAGCCGUCGUCUCCGGAUGUCUGGCCCCGCUCCUGUUUGUAUUCUGCAGCCUUGAGCAGACAUGCUGCCAUGAUGUUUUGGUGUAAGACCUGACAGGAAGCACGCCAGGUGAUGUCAGCUGCUCAGUGCAGCGUCUCCUCCUAUGCAAAUCCUUCAAUGUAUCCUGCAGCCCAGCUUUUUAUAAGUCAGUCAGUGCAGCACUGAAAUGGUAUGUUCUGUGAAAAUGAAUGUUUUUUUUUUUUGGAGGGGGGAGGGUUGUUUAUUUUGGGAGAAAGUGGCACUUAAAGGUCAUGAUAAUGUCUGAAUCUGGAGCUAGUGCUUUAUUUUAAUCUUGAAACAGGAACUAUCCACCUGCAUAAAACAUCUCAUUGCUGUAAUUAAACCGAUGUAACUGCUGUGUUAAUGAUUUUCUGUGUUCAGGGAGGCAGCACUAGAUUGUAAGCUUCCAACAAUAGGAACAUCAGAACACCACUGGAAUAUUCUGCCUGAGUUACUUCUUUUUUUUCUGUACCUUUUUUUUUUUUUUUUUUUUGGUCUUUCUAUAACAUAUAUUGUUCUCAAUAAACUCACAAUAAUUUUAAUGAUUUUUUUUUCAGCAAUUGCUUUACACAAUAAGAAAAUGCACAUUCCUUCUGUAAUUUUGAAUUAAAAUGUCUUAAAUUAAAGUGGCCGCUCUGUUUUGUGUUUUAUUUUUAUUUUUUUAUUUAUUUGUUUUUGCCUGGUGAUAUUUUCUACCCACAUACUUUCCUGUUUACUAAUAGAUCUUUUUUUGGGCUCUCAGUAAAUUGAUUGUGACAUGUUUUUUGCAGCUCUGCUUCUCCCUCUCCUGUAAACACAUUGUGCUGUGAAAUACUAUCCAGUCACUGCAGUCUGGCCUUUUGUAACUUUAUGGCCAAAAGGCAGCACAAGAAUGAAUAAACAGUGGAGUUGAUUAUUUCUGCAGAUAAAUCCAAGGAUUUUCCAAGUCUCCAGUGUUUCCAGAGAGAUUUUUCCAACGUUGAUUGCCAGUAUCCAACAGGAAAGCCUCCUCUUUGUGAGUGUAUGUGUGCAGUGAGAUAUGGAAAAUUACUCUGCAGUGUUA